GUCCUUGACACCAUGGAUAGUGACCAGGAGGAUUCUGACUUUCCGGAGGCGGAUGUCGCAUUGGAAAGAGUCUUUAGCCAAAGGACACUUGGGAGACUAUCCCAGGCACCCGCAUCACAACCAAUAUCUUCACCGUCCAACUCCCAGCCAUUAACACAGAAAUCUUCCCAGUCCACAAUAUCGCCAAACAAAGCAGCAAGAUCGCCAGACCCCCACACGUCGGGAGACCUCAAUUGGCAAUUCACCUCAUCCGCGUCCCCCACGGCGGCCUCUGGGCGAACCAGAGUUGCGCGCACACCCUCUACAUCACCCGAGCCACAAAUUCCUAUCUUCAAGGUUCCCUUCCUUCCUGGCACUGUUGCUGAGGUGGAACAAGUCUAUAGUCAGCUGACGAUGACGCCCAACAUUAGCCUUUCACCGAGCCAUUCUGUCCCUGCAACCGUUACGCAUAGCGCCAGCAACAGUGUCAGUGAAAGAGAUCAGCACGCCCCACCUUCGAUACCGGCCAGUUCUUCGGUCGAUAACGAGACCGCAGCGCCUCCACAAAAGGCUAAGCCGCGUCAACGACGGAAGACCGUAGAAACGCUCGCCGUAGAUUUGGCAGGUGACAUCGAAAUGGUACCAAUUGGAGAGGAUGAUGAGGAUUGGAGACCUAAAAAGAAGGCUUCAUCAUCAAAACGGAGGCGAAUCCCGACCCGGCGCAAUACUACUGGUAGGAAUCGCGCGGAUGCACGAUCGGGCGAUACGAUGUCAAUCAAAAGAGAAACGCACUGUGAACAGUUUGAGACGUUGGUGAGGGAAGCAGAGCGUGAUCAUGUAUCUGGAGACCUGGUACUGGGAGGCCGGCUUGGCGGCAGCGGGCUGGGGGGACUGGAAGGGCUGAGAAAGAGAAAGAAUCAGAAAUUAUCCUUGGAAGCAGAAGAUGAGCUGGACGAACGGAGAGAAGGAACAGAGUCGCCACCUGUGCGAGUCUAUACUGAAGAACAGCAUGAAGGCCGGAUGGGACCGCAGCGCCAGAGGAGGAGAGCGCAAAAGCAGGCGGCUCUGGAAGCAGAAGCCGAGCUGGAAGAAGAGAGAGAACAGCUGGGACACGUUCAAGAAGAUCUUGACGAACAGGUUACCGCCGGAGAAUCUAUUCCUAUGGCUGUCCGUAAAGGGACAGCGCAACGGCCAUCUUCGCAGAGCUCACUCCGAAAGACACCCGUUCUGGACGUGAAAGGGAAAGGUCCAGCCGAAAGAGCGCCAGCAAAAGAUGUACAUGGAAUCAACAGGGCACAGAGUCGAGGUGGGGCCUCUAAAAAUCAUCAGGAAGAGUCUAUAGACGAUCGGAUGACGGAGAUGGAUCCGCACCGCCUUGACAAAGGACAGGUGGAAAAUAGUCCCACGACAGAGUCACAGAAAGUACGACAGGGUAACACCAGUACAGCAAAGCCGGUUACUACAAUAAGAGCUGGUAGCUCAGUACCUGGGUCCGAGGUACAAUCGCCUGCGAGUCCCUCUCUCAGCAACAAUGGGCAAACGUCGAGUUAUGCCCCUAAUUCACAGCAGAAUCUUGUACAAGCCACCAAUAGCUCCAUAACUCAAUCAACUGAGAGCAUGUCGAGCCUCGAAUCCGCAUCCAAUACGAUAUUGCCCACGGCAUCCGUCCUCUAUCAGAAUAUCCAAGUCCUUCAACUUCAACUGGCAACACAAGCCCAACAGCUCGGGAACCUCCAAGCCCAAUACAAUGCACUUCAAACCCAAUUCAACGCAAUGCAAAACCAAUAUUUCAACGACAAGACACAUGUCCAUAAACAAUUGGACGGCACUGUGGAUCGGAUUGAAAAUUUGGAGCAGUUUGCGGAUAAUCAGUACAAAGAUAACGAUUCCAUCAAGGAGGAUUUGAACCAGAUGAAAGAAUGGGGGCUUCACCAGAUAAAUGAACGGGCUGAAAAAAUUGAGGAGCAGGUUGAGCAUUUGGGUUGGAGGAUUGAUUCCAUUGAGUGGGAGGAAGAUGGAGAGGAUCCGCCGAAUGGGCAAAAUAGGGAUGAUGACUGGCGAACGCUGGGACCAGACGAUGCAAAUCCAAGUUCAUCGUCCGUCGCUGACAUUGAAGAAGAAGGAGAAGAGGCAGCAGAGCAAGUCCAAGCUAGCAACAGUCAACAUAAAAGUCCAAAAGCUCGAUCCCAUUUAGAUCCCACAGUUCCUGCCAUACAAAUUGGACCAAACCGCGAAUUUGAACGAAAUAUCAAAGACAGUAGCGAACUCCCAAUGACAUCCCCUCCAAGCUCACCGCCACGUACUCCCGUACCGCAUUCACCUCCAUCUGCUCAAUCUCCUAGAAAACGUAAACCCAGUUUCAUGUCACCCACAAUCCCCCAAGAGUCUAACGACCCAGAGCUCGAGAAACAAGAGCACGAGGGUCGACCGGCGAAACGUCAGAGGUUGCCGACAUCCACAAGGCUUUGGACGGCGGGAUUGAUUAGUCUUGGAAUAUGGGCUGGGCAAGAGUGGUUGUGGGGUGGUGGGGCCGGGUUUUAAUUGCUGUAUAACUAAUGAUCUAUUAUUGGGCUGCUGUCAUUGGCCAUUUUGCUUUCUGGGGGUUUUUGGUAUAAUGCGAUUGGAAAGUACAUAGUUUAUUUUCUUUUUUUUUUUUUUCACGAUGCUAUUAGGAUAUAUGAAUAUUGUUGUUUGCGUG